AUGAAGCUUUCCCUGAUCUUCUCCGUCGUCGCCGGCGCCGUUGCCGUCUCGGCCGCGUGCGCCCCUGAUCCGGCGCAUCCUUUCCCGGCGUGUGCGGCCGACUGCAUGGCCACCGCCAUUACCGCCAUCGGGUGCACCAGCGCGACCGACUACGAGUGCCAGUGCAAGAACUUUGACAAGCUGCACAGCUCGGCCGGCGACUGCAUUACCAAGGCCUGCGGUGCAGCGGCGGCUGAUGUGGCCACCGCCGCCGAGGCCCUGUGCAAGUCGUGUGGUCCGCCGCCUGCUGGUGCGUCUCCGUAA